CAAGAGCGAAUAAAAGGUUUAUUAUAUUAAAAAGCAAGCUACCGAGUGUAAAUACAGUUUUCAGAUGAUUUAUGUAGCAUCUCAACCAAUGCUUUAAUAAUUAAUUGCUUAUCACCAGUUCCAUGCACCUUACUCAUGCUCAUUAAAAAAUUCCCAAAUGAGAUCAUACUGUUAUAAAUAAUUGAUAGAUUAGAGACAUCUAACAUAUGGUAUGACACCAAACCAAGACUAGCAAAGCAGCCAGUUAUGCUAUUAUGUAAAGUUGAAGAACCAUAUGCGAUAUGUGUUAGACUAGGUAGCCUGAGAUUUUAUACAGUGUAAGUAUGAGGCUUCAAUACUUGAAGGCCAGUGACUAAGUUAGAAAAUAUGUAGCUGUAGACACUAAAAAAAUGUCAAUGAAUAAAGCAAGGUUGAACCUCGCUACAAGCAUGACGAGGCUCGUCAUCAUGAUGAACCUCAUCUCAACCAACAAAGCCCAUCAAUAGAGUCGAAGUUCGUCAUUGAAAACGAAGUUCGCUUAGAGACGAAAUCCUCUAGAAGAUGAAGCUCAUCCAAAAGACGAAGUCCAUCUGCAGACGAACCUCGUCAAACAAUGUCUCACCCCUCAGAAGACGAAGUUCGUUCAGAAACGAAUUUCGUCAUUGAAGAUGAAGUUCGCAGUUGUCAUUAUUGACGAACCUCGUGCAUAGCCGAACCUCGUUUGUCACAAUUUUCGGAGGCUACAUUUAAGGAGGGUUAAUGACCACUAACUCACCCAUUUAAGAAGAGUUAAUGACCAUUAACUCACCCAUUUAAGGAGAGUUAAUGAUCACUAAUUCACCCAUUUAAAUGGAAGUUAAUGACCACUAACUCUCUCAUUUUAAGGGGAGUUAAAGCCCAUUAACUCACUCCAUAAUGCUCCUAAGCCUAUAAAUAGGCAUGAUCAACAUGAAAGAAAGAAAGGGGGAUUGAAAGGCUAGUCAAAAAGCCUAUCUUUCUUCCACUCUCAUUAAGCUUCAUAGAUCAUUAUCAUCGGCUAAUCAUUUGGUCUUGUGGGCACUAAAAAUGCCAAGAGACAAAAGAGUGUCGAGGCUUACUCAAACAUGACGAGGUUCAUCACAAAGGCGAACCUCGUCUCAGUCAAAGAUGAGGCUCGCCACGCAGUGAUAAACACGUAAAAUAUGCAUUAUCUUAGUGUGUUUCAAGCAUGAUUUACGAGUGUUUAAUGCAUAUUUCGUGUUUAGAUCGAGGAUACUGCUGUGGUUUGUGUUCUUAUAUGUAGGUAUUGGCUCAAGAUUGAAAGAUUUAAUGAUCGAUGGAAAUAGAACAAGAGUUUGAAGCAACAACAAGAUUUCGAAUGCAUGGUUCGUGAAGAAAAUGGAUACACGAGUAUGAAGAACUGGAAUUUCGACCAUGAUGCAAUUUGAAUUCAAAAAAGCUCAAAAGAUAAAAGUUGUAGAUCUCUUCAACAGGUUUUCAAUGCAACUUGAAUCACCUCAUUCCGAGGUCGGACGUAAAAGUUAUAGCCAAAAUACAGAAGACUGUACAGACAAGCACAAAAUCAGCAAAACAGAUUCCACCACAUCCUGGUGUGAUGCGCACCACAUCCAUGAGAUAAGAAGGUAUAUAAAGGAGCAAAGGAACACAGAACAAGUUACAAUGAGUGAUCAGAAUCAGCUUCUUAAGGAUUUCGCUGCCCCAAAUGCUCAAGGCACGCAUUCGAGUAUUACAAUGCCCACCGUUGAAGCUAAUAAUUUCGAACUAAAACCAUCACUGCUCUUAAUGGUUCAGCAAAAUCAGUUUGGAGGAGGUGCUACUGAAGACCCGAAUCUCUACCUGUCGAUUUUCUUGGAAUAUUGCGACACUUUGAAGCUUAAUGGAGUGACCAAUGAUGCUAUUCGACUCAGAUUAUUUCCAUUCUCUUUAAAGGACAAGGCUAGGGCUUGGUUGCACUCAUUGCUAACUGGGUCCAUCACCACUUGGGAUCGGCUGUCUAGAGCGUUUCUUGCAAAAUAUUUUCCACCGAGUAAAACAGCACAGAUGAGGAACCGGAUCACAAGCUUUGUACAGAAGGACAGAGAGUCACUCUAUGAAGCUUGGGAAUGCUACAAGGAAUUAUUGAGGACGUGCCCUCACCAUGGACUGGAGAAGUGGUUAAUUGUUCACACCUUCUACAACGGGCUCACUUACAACACUCGGAUGACUGUUGAUGCUGCUGCAGGAGGAGCUUUAAUGAACAAAACAAUAGAUGAUGCAUACACUCUCAUUGAAGACAUGGCUCAAAAUCACUAUCAAUGGGCGAACGAACGAGCUCAGACAUCAAAAGGAGGAAAGUAUGAAAUCGAUGUUUUAGAUCAUAUAUCCUCUAAAGUUGAUGCUUUGUUUAAAAAAGUUAAAAACUUGAGUAUUAAUUCUGUGGCGUCUACUUCAAUUGCAUGCGAGAUAUGUGGUUAUGUGGGUCAUUCUACACUUGAAUGUCAAUUAGGAAACCCCUCAUCCCUUAAUACUUCUGAUAAUGAACAUGUUAACUAUGUUAAUAACUUUAAUCAGAAGGGAGACCUUUUCUCCAACACUUAUAAUCCGGGGUGGAAGAAUCAUCCUAAUUUUUCUUAUAGAAACCCACCUGGAAAUUCCAUGCCCGCAUCUAAUUUUGGUCCACCUGGUUUUCGUGCUCCUCAAUCCAAUCUCCCUCCCCAAAGGUCUAAUUUGGAAAAUAUGAUGGAAAAGUUUGUGAUGACUCAGUCGAAAUUGAAUGAAGAGUUUAAACAACAACAAACCACGAAUGAGGUAGUAAAACAAUUGGCCUCUAAGAUGGAUUCCCUAGCUACGCAUAACAAGAUGUUAGAGACACAAAUCAUCAAAUUGGCGCAAAAUGCUAGCUCUUCUGCUAGGCCUUCAGGCAUGCUACCUGGACAACCUGAGACGAAUCCAAGGAGUCAUGUGAAUGCUAUAACCUUUAGGAGUAGAAAACAAUAUGAGGGACCUAAGAUGAAGGAAAAUGAUGGGGUAGAUAGUCAUCAUGAAGAAAAAAAUAAAAAUGUGAUAGAUGUGGAUAAUGAGACCCAAACGCAAGAAAAAAAAUUGAGAAAUAUGUGUCUCCCGCUCCUUACAAGCCUCCUCUACCCUUUCCACAAAGGUUAGCUAAGACUAAGUUAGAAAAACAGUUUGGAGAUUUAGAAAAAGUUACACAUCAAUAUCUCGUUCACUGAAGCUAUUUCUCAAAUGCCUUCUUAUGUCAAGUUCUUGAAAGAGAUCCUAUCUAACAAAAGGAAGUUGGAAGAAUACGAGACUGUGACCCUUACUGAGGAAUGUAGUGCUAUCAUGCAGAAUAAACUGUCUCCUAAGGUUAAGGAUCCAGGUUCAUUUUCUAUUCCUUGUGUUAUUGGUAAUGUCUCUAUUAAUUGUGUUUUGUAUGAUUUAGGUGCAAGCCUAAGUUUGAUGUCAAUGUCUAUUUGUAAGAAGCUUGGCAUAGGUGAUUUGAAGCCAACCACGAUAUCACUCCAAUUGACAGAUCGAUCGAUAAAAUAUCUGGUAGGUAUACUUGAAGAUGUACCUAUCCAGACCGGUAAGUUCUUUAUCCCGGUUGAUUUUGUUAUUUUAGAAAUAGAAGAAAAUUCUAACAUUCUAAUUAUAUUAGGAAGACCCUUCCUUGCUACUGCUGGUGCUAUAGUCGAUGUUAAAAAUGGAAGGCUCUCUCUAAAUAUUCGAGAGGAGACGGUAGAAUUUGAUUUAAGCAAUACUAUGAAACUCCCUCUAACUGAUAAAAUUUGUUACAGUGUCGACGUCAUUGACAAGUGUACACAUGAGCAAAUUGCAAACAAUAACUCAGCUGAUCCACUUGAGAAGUGUUUGGUAAGCAACAGAUCAAUAAAUGAUGAAGACCCCGCGGUAGCCGCGUAUGCUCAAUCUUUAGAAUCAACAUCGACUGCUCCAUUUCGAAAUGUAAAGUUUGAAAGUAUGAAGUUUGAGCCAAAAGGAUCUAUUUUUAAAGAGAAUAAUGCGCCAAAGGUAGAAUUAAAACCCCUCCCUUCCUCUUUAAGGUAUGAGUUUCUUGGCCCUGACUCUACUUAUCCUGUGAUUGUGAAUGCAUGUCUAAAUAAAAAUAAAAUUGAUAAGUUGCGUAGAACACUUAGGAUGCAUCGUAAGGUCAUAGGAUACACCAUGAACGACAUUAAGGGAAUCAAUCCAUCAAUUUGUAUGCAUAGAAUUCUCUUGGAAGAUGAUCAUAAACCCUCUAUAGAGCACCAACGUAGAUUAAAUCCUAACAUGAAGAAAGUGGUUAAAAAAGAGGUGUUUAAGCUACUAGAUGCUGGGGUAAUCUAUCCUAUUUCUGAUAGUGAAUGGGUUAGCCCGGUCCAUGUGGUUCCUAAAAAAGGGGGUGUGACCGUAGUCAAGAAUGCGAAUAAUGAACUUAUCCCUACUAGGAUGGUUACGGAUUGAAGAAUGUGUAUUGAUUAUAAAAAGUUGAACAAGGAAACCCGAAAAGAUCAUUUUCCACUUUCCUUUAUAGACCAGAUGUUGGAAAGGUUGGUCAGACAUUCCUAUUUUUGUUAUUUAGAUGUCUAUUCGGGAUUUUUCCAAAUCCCUAUUCAUCCUAGGAAAAGACCACUUUUACUCGUCCUUAUGGGACCUUUGUUUAUAGGCGCAUGCCUUUCGGUCUUUGUAAUGCCCCCGCCACUUUUCAACAAUGUAUGAUGGCUAUUUUCUCUGAUUUUAUAGAAGACAUUAUGGACGUAUUUAUGGAUGACUUCUCUGUGUAUGAGACUAUUUUUUAUGGUUGUUUAGCUAACUUGUCUCGAGUUUUGCAGCGUUGCGAAGAAGUUAAUUUAGUCCUAAAUUGGGAGAAAUGUCACUUUAUGGUAAGAGAUGAAAUAGUUUUAGGACACAAGGUGUCCGAACACGGAAUUGAGGUUGAUCGAUCAAAAGUGAAAAUCAUUGAAAAUUUGCCUCUACCAACGUCGGUUAGGGGAGUAAGAAGUUUCUUAGGACAUGUCGGUUUCUAUCGGCGUUUCAUCAAAGACUAUUCAAAAAUUGCAAAACCCUUAACUAAACUUCUUCUUAAGGAUGCUCCCUUUGAUUUUACUAAUGAAUGUCUUGAUGCUUUUCGUAGGUUGAAGGAAGCAUUGAUAACCGCUCCUAUUAUGGAACUACCGGACUGGAAUCUCCCAUUUGAAGUCAUGACUGAUGCAAGUGAUUAUGCGCGAUUGGUGCUGUGUUGGGUCAAAGGAAGAAUAAGAUAGUUCAUGCAAUUUAUUAUGCUAGUCGUACUCUUGAUGAGGCCCAAGUUAACUACGCUACCACUGAAAAGGAGCUAUUAGCAGUUGUCUUCGCCUUUGACAAGUUCAGGUCUUACUUAGUGGGGUCCAAAGUCAUCGUUUAUACCGACCACUCCGUCAUCAAAUAUCUUUUGACCAAGCAAGAUGCCAAGUCUAGGUUGAUUCGAUGGAUACUUCUUUUACAAGAGUUUGACUUAGAGAUAAAGGACAAAAAAGAGACGGAAAAUUUUGUGGCAGACCAUUUGUCGAG